AUGCCUACCGCUACCGCUUCGGCCCUCCCGGCCACCCCCCUCGCUGAGGACUUUGCCAAGCUCGCCUCGGCCGCCAGCAACCUUGACGCCAAGGCCGCUGCCGACGCUAUCGCCCUCCAGCUCAAGAAGGCGCCCCGCACUCUCGAUGCUAUCGAGGAGGGUCGUGUCAUCGAGGUCUUCAACAUCUGGGCCAACUCCAAGUCGGGCUUUGAGCGCGAGAGCGCCCCCGUCCUGGUCGAGCGUAUCUGUCGCUCGCUCGGCUCGGGUGUCGAGGGUAUCUUCAUCCCCGUCAUCCCCGCCCUUCUCAACCUCGCCAUGGACAAGGGCCAGCCCGUCCGUUCGGCCGUGAACAGCGCCAUCAAGGCUCUCAUCAAGAUUUGCCCUCCCGAGUCUACGCGCCCCGUGAUCCAGGCCCUCGCCCGUGCCCUCGAGGACUGCAAGGGCUGGCGCUCCAAGGUCGCCGCCUGCAAGGCCCUCGAGGAGCUCGUCAAGCCCGGUGCCGAGGAGUGGGUCGCCAUGGAGCUUGGUGAGACUAUCCCCGUCAUCGAAAAGUCGAUGCACGACACCAAGGCCGAGGUCUCGGCUGCUGCCACAAAGGCCGCCACCACCCUCUGUGGCACUCUUCCCAACCCCGACGUCCUCAAGCACGUGUCGCUCCUUGUCGACGCCAUGGCGUCGCCCGCGGCCGUCCCCAAGACCAUCAAGGGUCUUAGCUCGACCACCUUUGUCGCCGAGGUCACCGGCCCCACCCUGGCCGUCAUGGUCCCCCUCCUCUCGCGUGCCCUCAAGGAGCGUUCCACCGACACCCAGCGCAUGACCUGUGUCGUCGUUGGCAACCUCGUCAAGCUUGUCCGUGACCCCACCGUCGCCGCCCGCUACCUCGGUGUCCUCGUGACCGGUGUCGAGCAGAUCGCCAUCGGUGCCGCUUUCCCCGAGAUCCGUGCUUUCGCCCAGCAGGCGCUUGACAUUCUCACUGCCGCCGGUGCUUCGGCCACCGCCACUCCCCUUCCCCCCCGUGACAUUAUCGGUGGCGUCAACGAGGCUCUCAAGGUCAUGAAGGCUCACCUCGAGGUCGCCUCGUGGCCCACCAACCCUACCGUGCCCCUCACCAUGGGCAUGUCGGCUACCCCCGUCAUUGCCACUGGCCUCGAGCACCAGGCCAACGUCAUUGCCGACAUUGUCGAGCUCCGCCGCUUCGACAAGGACAUCUGGGAGGGCAAGGCCGUCGCCUCGUUCUGCAAGCUCCUUGUCGGUGCCGACGCGGGUGUCCAGGCUGCCGCCGACAUUCGUCAGGCCUUCCUUGACCUUGACAAGGCCAAGUUUGCCCCUCCUGAGGAGGACGACGAGUCGGACGGACCCCUUGUGUGCGACAUUCAGUUCUCGCUCGCUUACGGUGGUCUUCUCCUCCUCAACCACACCAACCUCAAGCUCCGCCGUGGCCGCCGUUACGGUAUCUGUGCCGCCAACGGUGCCGGCAAGUCGACCCUCAUGAAGGCUAUCCGCGACGGCAAGGUCGAGGGCUUCCCGGCCGAGGACGAGCUCCGCUGCAUCAUGGUCGAGCACGCUCUCCAGGGCGAGGACACCUCGAUGUCCAUUGCCGACUUUAUCGCGUCGGACCCCAAGCUCGCCAAGCGUACCCGCGCCGAGAUCUCGGCCAUGCUCCUCGAGAUGAAGCUCGAGCUUGCCCGUGCCAUGCUUAUCGGUGCCGACAUUCUCCUCCUCGACGAGCCUACCAACCACUUGGACGUCCAGACCGUCGCUUGGCUUGAAAACUACCUCACCAACCUCCCCACCAUGACCUGCAUGAUCGUCUCGCACGACUCUGGUUUCCUUGACAACGUCUGUACCGACAUUAUCCACUACGAGAGCAAGAAGCUCGCCUAUUACCGCGGCAACCUCUCCAAGUUUGUCGAGCGUGUCCCCGAGGCCAAGUCGUACUACACCCUCGCUGCCACCUCGAUCAAGUUUACCUUCCCUCCCCCCGGUAACCUUGUCGGUGUCCGCUCCAACACUCGUGCCAUCCUCAAGCUCUCGAACGCCACCUUCACCUACCCCGGUGCUCCCCGGCCCUCGAUCUCCAACGCCACCUGCUCGCUUUCGCUCUCGUCGCGUGUCGGUAUCGUCGGCCCCAACGGUGCGGGCAAGUCGACCCUCAUCAAGCUCCUCACUGGUGAGACCAUUCCUCAGGAGGGUUCGGUCCACAAGCACCCGGCUCUCCGUGUCGGUUACGUUGCCCAGCACGCCUUCCACCACAUCAACCUUCACCUCGACAAGACUGCUGUCCAGUACAUCCAGUGGCGUUACCAGGACGGUCACGACCGUGAGAUGCUGGAGAAGGCCACCCGUGUCCUCACCGACGAGGACAAGGCCAUGAUGGACCGCCCUAUCGAGGGCAAGAACGGCGAGCUCCGCAAGAUCGAGUACAUUCUCGGUCGCCAGAAGCUCAAGAAGUCGUUCCAGUACGAGGUCAAGUUCAAGGGCUUUGACCACAAGUUCAACGCCUGGAUCCCCCGUGACGUCCUCCUCGAGAAGGGCUUCCAGAAGCUCCUCGGCCAGUUUGACGACAUGGAGUCGUCGCGUGAGGGUGCCGGUAUGCGCGACACCUCGGCCGCUGCCGUCCGUGAGGUCCUCGAGGCCGUCGGUCUCGACGGCGACAUUGCCCAGUACAACGAGAUGUCGGGUCUUUCCGGUGGUCAAAAGGUCAAGGUCGUCAUUGCCGCCUCGAUGUUCAACCGUCCUCAGUGCCUGUUCCUUGACGAGCCUACCAACUUCUUGGACCGUGAGGCUCUCGGCGGUCUUGCCGUCGCCAUCAAGGAGUGGGGAGGUGCCGUGUGCAUCAUCUCGCAUUCGGUCGAGUUUGUCUCGGCUCUGUGCCCCGAGAUCUGGAACGUCGAGGCCGGUCUGCUUACCCACAAGGGCAAGCAGAACCUCGCCGAGGACGCGUUUGACAACCCGUCGCGCGUCCCCUCGCAGGCCGGUACCCCGCGCACCGGCGCCGCCACCCCCGUCACUGGCACUGCCACUCCCGAGAUUGCCUCGGGCACCACCUCUGCCAUGACCUCGGCGUACACGUCUGCCGUCAACUCGGCCGUCAACUCUGCCGACGAGGACGCCGACCUUGCCAAGCUCGCCAAGCUCGCCCUCAAGCCCAAGAAGAAGAAGAAGAUGACCCGUAACGAGGUCAAGGCCCAGGAGGAGCGCAGGCGUAUCCGCAAGGUCAACUGGCUUGCGUACGGUGGCGAGCGCGAGCCCGACACCGAUGACGAGUAG